AAAUGGCAACCCAAGAAGCAAGAAGAGAAGCAUUAGAUCAAUAUAUCGCAGAAGGAGGAAAGUUAAACGAUUAUGGGGAUAGAGAAGACAUCAUGUAUAUGGGAGGAAGUCCUCUUUUCAACGAAUCAACAGGUGAAUCCAUCUCAAAGGAAGCUUAUCAUCUCCAAGUAUAUGGAAGAAGUUUAGAAGAUACCCUAGCUAUCGUUGCUCAGCAUCAAUAAGGCAAAAGUAACCACCUAAACCAGUUUUAAAAAUUCUUGAGAUCACCUUAUGUU